CGGUGCUUUUUCUUUCUUUCUUUUUUUCUGCUUCCCGUCGUCAUCCUUUCGGAUACCCUUCUGAAGCCAUUGUCCUCCAUCGUAAGCAUUAGGCGCUCCCAUUCCAUUUCCCAUUCCGGCCCCGUCCUCCUUAUCUUAUCGUAACUUGUAUCCAAAGCCGCCUUCUCAUCGGCUGCACUCACUUAUCAUCCCACCCGCCGCCCGCUCCUUCACAAUUCCACCAAAUUUCUCAGCGGCUUUUAAACCUUCCUAGCGUCAAUCGCCGCACCCGCCCUCCAUCACAUCGUCAAGUGCUAUCCCACUCUUGCACUACCUCUUUUCAUUCGGAUCUUCCAGCAAUCAUGGCGAAAUCCCAGCGAGCAAGUAGUCGUAAGAACAACAACCAGAGGCUGAAGCGCAAUGUCUUUGGCCCGGUCGAGGCGGCGAGGACCGAGCGACUUUCGGCCAAGUUGAUGGAAUUGGCUGCGCAGCCGAAGGAGUCUAAGAUGGAGGAUGUCAGCUCUGAGGUCGCUGUCGAAACCGAGGACACGGACAAGAUUGAGACGGUAGAUGGAGAUGCCAAAAGCGCAGAAAUGGACGUUGAUGAUGGUGCUCAAACCGUAAAGAAGCAGAGUGGGAAGGUCGAGAAGAGGCGGUCCAAGAGGACAAAGUCCUCCAUUGUGUUCAAAACCUAUCAGGACAAACACGGUUCCAAGAAGAGAAAGUGAACGGUUGUACUGAAUUUCCGUAAUCCAAACAAGAAAAAAUAAGGCCUAACGACUUGAUGCAAGCUGGGGUUUGGUUCACUUCAUUGUUGGCUC